GAUUCUCUGUUCUACCUCGCCCAGGCACCGACAGUAUUGGGCUGGAGUCGGUUGUCCGACCACAUUGGGCGCAAGCCAGUGUUAUUAAUCGGGCUAACAGGAGCUUGCAUUUCAAUGAUAUGUUUCGGCUUUUCGACAACCUUCUGGAGCCUAGUCAUGAGUCGCUGCAUGUGGGGAGUAUUGAAUGGCAACAUUGGAGUUAUGAAGAUUGUGAUGGGUGAAUUGACGGACUCUACGAACAUGGCUAAGGGAUUUGCCUUGAUUCCGAUGGCGUGGUUAACUGGAGGUUUCGCUGGCCCUUUGAUGGGGGGAAUGCUGGCGCGGCCACAGGAUCACUGGCCUAAAUUAUUUAUCAAUCCAUUUUGGGGAAAAUACCCGUACUUUCUUGCUUGUGUAUUAUCUGCUUCUCCGCUCCUCUUGGCCUUUUUCAUACUGCUAUACUUCUUCCAGGAAACAUUAUUAAGCAAACGUCGACCAAGGUCGACAAUAGCCACGCCCAGCGUUUCUCGCGGUAUCAAUGAUCAGGAAGCGUUUGUGCAACAAUCUACGACAGAUACGCUCUUGUGGUCUCUGCUCACACCUACCAUUGUUAUUCCGAUCGCAAGCUACGCUAUGUUGUCCUUUCUUGACACGUCUUUCAGGGCUCUCAUGCCGCUGUUCCUUUUCACGCCCACCCACCUUGGCGGCAUGGGUCUUACUCCUUCUUCCAUUGGUUUGUGGCUGGCGUUCUCUGGGAUCGUAGAUGGACUCUUUCAGGCAUUGUUCUUGGCUAAAAUUGUUGAUUGGGUUGGUCCCAAGUAUCUAUUCUGUGUAUCAGUGUCGUGCUUCACACCGCUUAUGGUCGCGUUUCCGAUAAUGUCGUGGUUGCUACACACAAGGGGGAUGGUUGAUCAUGCAAUUAUGUAUGCCUUGCUUGGCCAGCUGAUUCUGACAGUGACAUGGGAUAUGGCAUUUGCUACUGUUUUGAUGUUUGUCACAGCUUCUGCCCCUGCGAAGAAUGUUCUUGGCGUUGUCAAUGGUCUCUCCCAAACCUCUGCAUCGAUAGCUCGUGCCCUUGGGCCUGCCUUAACCACAUCGCUCUUCGCAUUCUCAAAGAAACACAAUAUUCUCAAUGGAAAUGCAGUAUAUGUUGUCUUGAUCAUACUGUCCGGUGUCCUAAGAUGGCUGGGUUCGCAGCUGCCAGAUGAAGUACAAGACAGAGAUGAGUGAAAGGUCAGCACUUGAGAUUUUUUACCUGAAAUGCAUGAAUAGCGAAUACCCAGACACUUCAAAAGACCUGUGGGUUCCCGUACAGGAUUACGGACAUAGUAAAUGUACCAUUCGAGUUUCUGCCGCCGAGCCCGUUGAUUGAUGUACUUAAUACAUGUAUACUACUUGGUACUCUUGCCCAUUCUAAAAGCAUGGAUCAGCUUAGAUCCUCUACCUCGAGAUCAAUUGUGACCCAACGGAUGGUUGCACCGCCACCAAACCGGACUUUGCCGCGUCUCCCGAAAGUGGCUCGUCCGAGUUCGCCUCUCAAUAGAUUUCGACAAUGUCUCUGCUCCGUUCUUAUAAGCAGGCAAUACCGAGACGG